GUUUGUGUUGUUCUGCCAAAGACUCGGUCACCGCAGUUUUGAUGAAUGGAUGAGGUUUUCGUGCAAAGUGAAACCUACACACUUCGGCAGAGAGGGCAGCGUGAAGGAGGCUUCCCAGAUGUGCAGCAUGAGGCCACAUGGUCCUACAGUUGAGCAGUGCUGCUUCAGACCACCUCGCUCGCUGGAGCAGAACGUCAGAAAGAGAAGAGUCCACUCCCUUCCUGGAAACCUGUCUCCAGCACCCUCACGCUACUCAGAACUUGUGCCUCUCAGGCAUCACAAGUGCGUUGCCGGAGUGUUGCCCGGCCUCGUGGGGUAUGGCUUCUGGGAGGAUGAGACGGAGAGCCUGAGCAGGAUCAAAAGGUCACGUGGGUUCUCCGAAAUUUUUAACUCGGACCUUAAACUUCCCCCUCUCGCUGCACACAACGAUAAAGUGAGCAGGGCGGGUUUGAUGGUGCGAGGGUCCAGCUGUCUGCGCGUUUCCACAUUUCCACCCAUUCACGGUGGGCCCCAGGUUCUAGAGAGACCCCCAUCGCGGGCUGGACGCAGAGAGCUGGACCAUCCUAGUGAAAAAGAGAGUACGGUUGAAGGCGAGGCCCAACAGAGCAGGAGACGAACGCAGCCCUUGAUAAAGGGCCCCUCUGCCGGUCUUUCCGACCCAACCCGUUCCAAAGCAAAAUUAAAGGUUCAUCUUGGAGACCACGCCUCUGAGAAGAGUGGGAUGUUCAAGAUCAACCUAGGAAUCAACUUACAAAAAAGCCUUGGAGGACCAGCUGGCCUACGUCCGCUGAAGCUAGAUGGAGUGUUGACAGGACAGAAGCCUGGCGAAGGUUAGGCGUCAACCACGCAGCUACGGUCAGGCCUCAGCAGCUCAGUUAUAUGAGAGGGACCAGGGGUUGGAGCCUCAUUUCUGUCGCUCCUCCUUGGGUGCGUAGAGCAGCAGCCCAUCUACGACCUUCUACAGUCCACUUCCUCCAAACACCCUGCCUACCGGCCCAACCAUUCCGAUGUGGGAUUGUCCAGCUGCAACGGGUGGCGCUUCCCGAAGUCACAAUGACCAUUCAUCCCGAAAUCCCUCCUUAACUCCUUUCUCGCACCCGUUCUUUAAUUCCUGACUCUCAUCUGACAUCACUUUUAAACUCUUCUCUUACAGCAUGCUUCAGACUUUUGCUAUAGCUUAGCGAUCUUAAUGUUUUUUUUGACAACUCCAUAUUUGGAGGGAAUUUGUUUCAAGGAAUUUUCUUCACACAGCCUUAAUAACCUGAAAAAACUGCUGUAUCUUGUAUGUAUUGUUCUAUCUCGUGUGUAUCGUUGUACGUGUUGCGUGCUGUUACCGACUUGUGAGAAUAUUCGUUCUUCCUAAAACUAAUGCCUUUUUUUAAAUAUUUAAUUUCGCUG